CACAGCAGCACUCGCCUCGCAGCCUCCCUUCCCCUGACAGAAGAGGACCACAGCCUCCAAGCUCGCCGCCAUGUUCAAGCUGGUCGUUCUCGCCGCCGUGCUGGCUGCCGCCGCAGCCGCCCCCGCCCCCGCCCCCGCCCCCGGCUUCCUGGGAGGCGCCGCCUUCGCCGCCCCUCUGGCCUACAGCGCUCCCUUGGCCUAUAGUGCCCCUCUGGCCUACAGCGCCCCCCUGGCCUACGCCGCCCCCGCCUUGCACGCCGCCCCCCUGGCCCUCGCUGCCCCCGCCGUGAUCAAGACCACGUACGCCGCCCCCGCCAUCGUCAAGACCUACCACGCCGCCCCCCUGGCGCUGUCGGCGCACUCCAUCUGGUGAUCCGACCACCAACUGCAUCGCCGCAUCGCUCUGUACAUCCGCUCACCGCGCCAUCCACCACUAUUGUAUGUCUUAAUGUAAAUAAAUAAAUGAUUUUUUUUCUACUAAAAA